GCUCUAUCAAUAUUAGUUGUGUUAUCGAAAUGUUAUCGAAAUAUAUUAUUUUUACAUCUGUGCAACAUUUCACGCAAGAGCAAUGAAAAUUAAGUCUUCAUAUAACUGUACAAACUUAUUUAGAUGAGGAGGAACAUUUGUGAAUUAAUCCUGACAUAAAUUAGUCACACUGUUUGGGCGCAAUAAAAAGAAUAGCUUAAAAUGGUUAUGUUUAAUAGCUCUAUUUGGUUUAUUUGUUUUCACUUUUACACAACAUUCAAGACAACUAAGUUGGAAAUAUAGUAACGUCUUUGUUAAAACAGAAGGUUGUAGAAUUCCAUUUAUAGAUGCAUGGGACAAUUCAAUAAAAAAAUUCAUAAAGGAUGUGAAACCGCCAGUUUGCAACAAAGGGAUUCCGCCAUUAUUCGGUUUUAAUUUUACUUCAAUUUUCUUGAUUGAAUCAUCUUUAGAAGCGUACAAUAUUACUCAGACGAGUUUGCUUACUUGUUGUUAUCAAAAUGUGAUCAGGGAAAAUCCAAAACCAAACGAGAAAGACGAUAAAAUGCGUAUUGGUAAAAUCUGUACACCUGUAAAUGAAGAUGUAGUAAGCAUUAAGGAUGAAUAUAUUAUUCUUACAUGUCAAUAUAAUAAAACUGAAGUAUAUAAAGAUGUAUUUUGGUUUGUACCUUCUAAAAUUGACAAAGAAAAACAGAAAAUAUUUGACGUACACCCUUUAAACGUUUUAAUCGUGGGUUUAGAUGCAGUAUCCAGAUUAAAUUUACACAGACAAAUGCCCAAAACUGUCGAUUACCUCCAUAGGAUAGGAUCCAUAGAACUGCUUGGUUACAAUAAAGUCGCCGACAAUACAUUUCCGAAUCUAAUACCAGUGUUGACAGGGCAAUUUGAGAAGGAAAUUAAAAAAACGUGUUGGCGAAGGAAUAUUCAUUUCGACAGCUGUAAAUUUUUAUGGGACAUGUAUAAGGAAAGAGGAUACAUGACCUCAUUUGGAGAAGAUUCAACGUCGAUUGGUUUGUUUAAUUUGGAGCGUAAGGGUUUCAUAAAUCAACCUACCGACUAUGCAUAUGGUUACUAUAGUCGUAUAUCAGAAAAAGAAAUUGGGAAUUCGAACAACCCUACUGUUUUUGAAUGUAUCGGGUCUAGAGAUAUUUAUAAAGAUCUUUUAAAUUAUAUGACGAGUGUUACGUUAAGAAUGAAAAUGGAUGAAACACCGUAUUUUGCCUUUUACUGGGGAGCUAGUUUAUCCCAUGAUUUUCUAAAUAAACCCAGAAUUGGUGACGGAGAUUAUUUAAGUUAUUUUAGUAAUCUAAAGGAUCAAGGUUAUUUAGAAGAUACUAUUUUAAUAUUUAUGAGCGAUCAUGGCAUACGUUAUGGUGAUAUUCUUGAAACGUAUCAAGGUAAAAUGGAAGAGCGAAUGCCUUUUGUAUUUAUAAGACUUCCUGAAUGGUAUAUUAAAAAGUUUGAUCAGGCUUAUAAUAACUUACUUGGAAAUGUCCAUAAACUAACUACACCUUUUGAUUUGCACGAAACAAUAAAGGACCUACUCGAUCCGUACCAACUGACGGCUAAUUAUUUAAAUAAUAGGGAGACAGCGAAUCUACGGGGAAUUAGUUUAUUUAGCCAUAUUCCAGAAACAAGGACUUGUGAAUCUGCUGCCAUUGAUGCCCAUUGGUGUAUAUGUCAAGGGAGUGUUGAAAUAUCAACUAAGCAGACAACGGUAGUAGAAGCGGGCAACUAUAUUGUUUCUUACAUGAAUAACCUCCUUGAAGGAUAUGCCGAAUGUUCUAAUUUGGUUUUAGAUCAAGUUGUCAAUGCCAGACUUAUGAUACCCAGUAAAACAAUUAUGAGAGGAAAAUUACAAUUUCAAGAUUAUAUGAUAACAGUUAGAACUGUACCAGGAGAAGGAUUAUUUGAAAAUACACUAAGGUAUUAUACAGAAAGUAAGAUAUUCAAUGUAACAGGAACAAUUAGUAGAUUGAAUAUGUAUAAAAAUCAGAGCGCAUGUAUAAAUAAUUACCAAUUGAAAUUAUAUUGUUUUUGUAAAUCUUUAUUAUGAUAAUUUAGUUAUAAUAUAAGUUAGGAGUAACUAUCGUAUAGAACAAUGGUAGACAAAUUUGAGAAAAGAAUUAUGUCAAUAGUUCUGCUAAAACUAGAACAUUUUUCUGUUAUUUCAUCAUAUUGUUAAUUUUACUGAUAAUGAACUGAUUAAGAAUAUAAUAAUCUGAUAACGUAAUUUUGUAAAU